GCCCAGCGCCCCCGCCCCUGCCCCCGCCUCCUCUCCGCGCUCCCCUCCCCCAGCAACCACACAGGCACACGCACACACACACAAACAGAGAGAGAAGGGGGGGCAGGGUGAGAGAGAGAGAGGAGAGAGAGAGAGCGAGGAGAGACUCCCCGGCUCCCUCCCUCCCUCGCACACAGCGACUGGAGACGGACGGAGAGCAACGCGCUGGGAGAGACCACCGAGAACAGCCCCGCGCUCUCACACAUACACGCACACUCCGCUCUUUCCUCUCCCCCCACCUCCUCCUCCUUCCACCCCCACCACUAACACCAUCUCCUCCUCCUGCUCUCUGCAACAAGAAAAAAAAAAAAGCCAUUUACAGGGGUGAUGUGCAACUAAUUAAAGGCAGACUGGCAGCGUCUGCAAAUUCUAAGGCUCCCCAAAUAAAAAGAGACUGUUGUAACAGUUGGAGGAUAAUGCAAAGGAAGACGCUGCCUGGGAAUUCACCGUCUGUGGAAAUGCGCCCCAGAGAGGAAUAAAGCAGUCCUCACCUUGCUCUCCCCACCCGGACCCGCCUUCCCCUCCCGCCUCGACCCCCACCCCGACACCACCAUCACCCCCUUCCCUCCCCCUCACCUCUCCCCCUUUCCCACCCCGGUGUCGGACCAGGCGGUCCCCACUUCCACCCUGCACCCCUUCUUCCCCCCCUGCACCAUGAACACCAAUGUCUGCGUGGAGCCCGGGCCGAGCCCGGAGGCCCCGGGCUUGCCCAAGGAGAGCCACCUGCCCGAGGGGGCCCUGAACAGCCUUGUGGAUUACAACUCGGAGAUGGAGCGCUACCGCUCCUUCGCCACCUCCUUCUACAAGACCAACGGGGGCGCCUUCCCGCAGGCGGCCAAGAUCGCGCGCAUCACCACCCCCAUCUUCCCCAGCAGCGCCGCCGCCGCCGCGGCCGCCGCGCGCAUCGGCAUGUCCCCCUGGAACUGCGACAACGCGGCCACCGCCGCCGCCGCCACCGCCAUGCUCUGGGGCAGCGGCGGGGGCGGGGGCGGCGGCGGGGGCGGGGGCGGCGGGGGCGGCGGCGGGGGAGGCGGGGGCGGCAGGAAAUCCUCCUCCGCCGCCGCCUCCUCCUCCGCCUCCUCCUCGGCGAUCCUCCCCGCCGGCGGCGGCGGCGGCGGUGGUGGCGGCGGCGGCGGCGGCGGCGGCGGCGGAGGCGGCGGCGGCGGCGGCGGCGGCGGCAGCAGGACCAGCAUGCACCACCGAAACGACUCCCAGAGGCUGGGGAAAGCUGGCUGCCCGCCAGAGCCGUCGUUGCAAAUGGCAAAUACUAAUUUCCUCUCCACCUUAUCCCCCGAACACUGCAGACCUUUGGCGGGGGAAUGCAUGAACAAGCUCAAAUGCGGCGCUGCUGAAGCAGAGAUAAUGAAUCUCCCCGAGCGCGUGGGGACUUUUUCCGCUAUCCCGGCUUUAGGGGGCAUCUCAUUACCUCCAGGGGUCAUCGUCAUGACAGCCCUUCACUCCCCCGCAGCAGCCUCAGCAGCCGUCACAGACAGUGCGUUUCAAAUUGCCAAUCUGGCAGACUGCCCGCAGAAUCACUCCUCCUCCUCCUCGUCCUCCUCGGGGGGAGCUGGCGGAGCCAACCCGGCCAAGAAGAAGAGGAAAAGGUGUGGGGUCUGCGUGCCCUGCAAGAGGCUCAUCAACUGUGGCGUCUGCAGCAGUUGCAGGAACCGCAAAACGGGACACCAGAUCUGCAAAUUUAGAAAAUGUGAAGAGCUAAAGAAAAAACCUGGCACUUCGCUAGAGAGAACACCUGUUCCCAGCGCCGAAGCAUUCCGAUGGUUCUUUUAAAGCAGUAGUCUAUCUUAUUUUCAAGGCAUUUGGAAGUGAAGGGCAAACUAAUGUCUUGUUUUAAGGAACUGCUUAGUCCACCACUGAAGAAAAUAUCCAGAUAUUAUUUUCAUUUUAUGUAUAGGGGUUUCUUCAAAAAAAAAAAAAAAGAGGAAAAGAAAAGAAAAAAAAAGACAUAUCAAAAUAAUCUGGGAGCUCGGGGUAUUGGCCAGUCUAUUUACUUUGGAUACACUGAUUCUUUGAUGUAAUUUAGCUAUACUAGUGAAGUUGUUGUCUAUUUUGAAAGUGGCUGUAAAAAAAAAUAAGUUUGGGUAAACCCCUGCUGUAAAAUCAUGUAUCUUUGCAAAGUACAUAUCUAUACUUCAUUUUCAAAUAUAUGUGUUUCAGUACUGUAAACUGUACAGAUAGCAGCUUGUAUUUUGUGUGUCUAGACACAAGGAGACAAUCACGUCUGAGCAUCUAUGGAGAUUAACAGUUUGUACACAACAGUAUGGUUCUGCGAGUUAAAUCUGGAGCAAUAAAUUUUAGCUUUAAAUAUUUUUUGCCAGUUGUUUCUAGAAGCAGCAACAGCGGUGGCAUGUUUUGCCAUGCAUCUUUCAGUAGAGACUCGAUGCCAAGUUUCACAAGAAGAAAAGAUUAUGAUGCAUCCGGCAAUUACCUGCAGUUGUAUUGUUAUAGGAGGGAAGAUGUGAUGAAAGUUUCAAUUAAUCUUUUGAGCACUAUAUUAGAGUAGUGGUUAUGCACUUGCAUUGCUUACAAACGAGCUGUACAGAAGGGUAUACCUCCCAAAUACUUAGUGUAGUUGACUUGUCUUGGGUUGCACUGUAAGGCGGAGUACUCUGAGUAGUUGGAACAUGCAGAAUCAGUUGUAUAAAUUUUUUUAAAGCAGUGUUUUCUAGGAUACAGAAUAAAGUAUCAUAUCGUAGGGGGAGAAAUCCAUGACUGAGUUUUUUACUAGCGCAGCAGGGGCUGUAUUUUUUGUUUGUUUAUUUUUUGCCUUAUUUUUAUUUUUUUAUUUUUUGGUAGGAAAAAUAAACACUUAAUAAAAUGUAUCCACAUGUUUUAACUCCAUGUAUGAUAUUAAAUGGGUAGUUUUGUUUUACAUUUUGAACAUAUCAAAGCUUCUGCCUUGAGACAUGGCUAGGUAUAUUUUUAAGUAAAAAAGAAUUAAACACAUUCAUAAAACUGAGGUGUUUUUUUUAAUCUUUUGUUAUCUUCCUUUCUCAUAGCCUCCUAUUUGGACCAGUGGCCUUCCCCUAGGCCCUCAGUGGAAUGUUCCAUUGCUCCCAUUCCCAUUCUUGUCAUCAAGGGUGCUGUGGUUCCAGAGAAUUCCAUAAAUGUAAACAACCCCUAAACACAAAGGAGUAUGUUUCGUAGGACCCGGGCUACCUUUUCAUGUAGAAUUUGGUUUGCUUAUGGCAGUUGGGGCUCCUAAGCCUGUCCCAGUAGGACAAUUAUUAUUUGUGAUGACAUAAUACCUAAGAAGUUCCUUCCUUCCUUCCUUCCUUCCUUCCUUCCUUCCUUCCUUCCUUCCUUCCUCCCUCCCUCCCUCCCUCCCUCCCUCCCUCCCUCCCUCCCUCUUUCUUUCUUUCUUUCUUUCUUUCUUUCUUUCUUUCUUUCUUUCUUUCUUUCUUUCUUUCUUUCUUUCUUUCUUUCUUUCGUCAGAGACUGUUCAACUUCAGCAAUAAAAUAGAGUUUAGCAAAAACAAAUAGAGAAUCAAAGUUGCCAUGUUACUGUCAUUUUUUGUUUUUUUUUUAUCCACUUAUUUCAGCCUACACAUCCAUUAGCCUUUUGAAAAAUGUUAGCAAAAUGUAUCAUGUGAAAAAAAAAAUAACUUGGGAAGAGAAAGGGUGAUGAAAAAGACUGCAAAACUUUAGAAAGCCUAGCAGAUGAAUAAUUUUAAAAGGCUAGUUCUAGUUUUGAAUUGGAAGUAAUAGAACAGAGGAGAUUUUUAAAAACAUGGAAGGAGCAUUCACCAUAAGAAUUCUGGAGGGAGGGAUGGAUAAGGUGCUGACAAAUGCCAGUGUUAAAGUGUGCUUUAACUUGCCUGGAAUAUGAAUGCACGGUCCACAAUUAUGGUCCAAAAGCCUUGUAGAGGAAAAUUCAUUAUCGAUUACACCUAUCCAUGUUUAGAGAAGAGAAUUAAAUAAUCACAAACUAAAACAUGCUGUAUAUUAGUUUUGAGAUCACUUUCCACUUGCUAUAUAUUCCUUUGACGAUUUCUAGAUAGAAUUUCUAUUCCAGCUGUGGGAGAAGAGAGCUAUGAAUUAUUUCUAGUUCUUUUUUAUUUUACUUAUUUUUUAAAUCAAUUUGAUAAUUUUUACAAGUAAGUGAAAACUAACUUUCACACUUGAAUGGGAAGCUUGCCUUGCUUUUUGGAAAACGAUGAUUGUUAUUACAGCAGUGAAGCAAACUUCUUCCCCUUCAGACUGCAUUAGGCAUACAGUAACAUAUAAAGAUCUCAUAGCAAUGUACCAAGAGUCUAAAAUACAUGCUAGUGUUGCAUGUCUUGAUGUGUUUUUGUUUGUUCGUUUUCUUAAAGAACUUAUGAAUCUGUAUAUUGUAAAAUGUGGUGUUUUACAUGUCAAUUCAACUUUUUAAUGAAAGAAAAUCUGUUGAUUAUUAAAAUUGAAAUGUAUAGCUUUUCUUUAAUUCUCUUAUAUGUUCUUAUUCUUGACAUUGUUCUUUUACACUUACCCAUUUCUUUGGUUUUGCUAAAACUCUAUUUAUAUAAUGUAGAGUGCAUAUAAAGUUCUCGUUGAUGAUGUUGAAGAAGGAUAUUACUCUUCCGGCCUCACUCUAAUUCCUUUCUCUAAGUCUAUGUACCAAGAGCUGUAAAGCAUAUCAUUAUAACCCUAAGGGAAUGAUUUAAAGGUUUACAUUUUCAUGAUUUUUAAAAUACCAAUGAAAGACAACUUUUAAAAUUCCUCGCUGUAUGUUUUAUAUUCAGCACCAAGAAAAUUUAAAAUAUAAAAAUGGAAUAUAGAUCGGGUGGACUAUCAAUACACCUUAAAAAUUUCCUAUCAGCUAAGUCAAAUAAAAUAGUUUGUAAGAGCCAUCUACAUACACAGAAGUCUUGCUUUGUCUCGGUGUAGAUGUGGAAAUGCUAUAUUCUGUUAGCAUUUUUGGGGGAGCAUGGAAAAUCUCUGGGUGUCAAUUUCCUUGUCAUCUGUCACUUAGCACCCUCGCAUCACAAGAACAUCAUAAUGUGAACCUUUUCUUCCAGGCCUUCAGACUAAAGUGGCUUUGUGAUGAAUUCUAUCUGUCUGUGUACAAGGGGAGGCAUAUGUAUAAAGUAGAAAUGUAUCCAUGCUUGGGAGAAGAAAAAAUGUCUUCCUCCAUUGUAAGAGUGUAUAAAGACAUCUCCUGGUUGCUUAAUUCCAAAUACACAACUUCCUUCUUCUAAACAUUUAUAAGGAGCAAGAGAUGGUGGGCUGACUAGGAAUUAAUAUUAACUAAUCACUAAAAGAAAAGGAUAUCCCCUUCCUUUUAUUCAGAACCCCUGACAUGUAAAUUGUACAAUUAAUCCUAAAGCAUAGAAAGUGUUUAAGCUGAUAGUAUCUGUAAUCAAAUAAUGAAAACAGGAAAGCCGUUAAAAGAACACACCAUUUAGGGUCAAAUAUGUUCAGCAAAAACCGUAGUGGGUCUUUGAUCACAGGGAUAUCAAACAGUUGGUUUUCAUGUAAUAGCUAAAUGUUUCAGAUUUUGUUUUUAUUAAAUUUGGCAGUUUCACACUGAGAUCUGUAUUCCUGGUGAAUGGAAGACAGCUACUAUGUUAGAAGGGGUUCAAUUUUCACAAUUGCAAGGAAGUCAGAGAAGUUUCAGGAAUGGACCACAAAAUGUACUCAUUUCACAGUGCUCUCCUAUUCUGAACUGUGCAGUUAUCUAUUAAAUUUUCUAACAGAUAUUUGUGUAAGGUGUAUGUAUGCUUGUGCAAUUAUUAAAAAAGCAGUUUUGGAAAACAGUGUAUUUAUUAAAGAAAAUUACUUAUAGGGCAUGUACAAAACUGUAAAAAAAAAACUUUAAAAAACACAUUCAAUUUGCCCAGUAAAGUUGUUUUUUGUGAAAUUUAUGUGUUGUUGAAUAAAGGACUUUAGUAUUCAAAGUA